AUGAAUACACAGAAUAAUAAUGAAAAUUUUGAUCAGUUUUCAAUUAAUACUACAAACUUAAAUGUUUUCGUUAACGAUUCAGAUAGAACAUGUAAUGAUAUUAUAUCAAAUAGAGAAAACAAUAUCAACUAUAAAAUUGAUAAUUGUGUUAAUUCAAGAAAUUUUCUUGAUAUAAAAAGUAAUAAUAUUUUUCAUAAAAAUAUCAAUAAAGAAUUAAAUUUCAUUAAUUCUGAAAACAUUAAUGAACAUAAUGAAGAAAAUUUUAAUGUAAAAAAACAUAUGAAGAAAGAAAAAGAUAUCUGUUUAAAUAAUUCUAAUGAAUUGUUACAAACAAGUAAUAUAAAUAUUUUGAAUGAAAAUAAUUAUUUUUAUAAUCCAUUUUUAAAAAAUUUAAAUUACACAAUGUCUCAAAAUAACUUUAAUAAUAAUACAUCAAACAAUUCCUUUAAUAAUAAUUUAGAAAACUCUUUUAAUUUUGAAAAUAAUGAAAAAUCAAAGGAAUAUUAUGACAUAAAUGUUAAUAAUAUAAAAAACUGUAAAAUUAAUAAUAGUAACAAAAAUAUAAAUCAUCUAAAUGAGUUAAGUAAUUUUCAUCAUAUACAACCUUUAAAUAAUUUAAAUACUAACAUAAAUCAUCUAAAUAAUCUCAGUAAUUUCAAAAACAGAAAUAAUGCAGAUAAUAACACAAACCUUUUAAAAAGUGUAAAUAAUUUAAAUAAUGUUAGUGAUAUAAAUAAUGUAAAUAAUUUGAAUAAUAUAAAUAAUGUAAGUUCUUUAAAUGAAAUAAAUAAUUUAAGUUAUAUAAAUAAUAUAAAUGAUUUAAAUAAUUUAAAAAAUAUUAAUAAUUUAAAUCAUAUAAAUAAUUUAAAUAGUUUUAGCAGUAUAACUAGCUUGAAUAAUAUCAAUAAUAUGAAUGAUUUAAAUAAUGCAAAUGGUUUUAAUAAUUUAAAUAACUUGAAUAAUCUAAAUGGCAUAAAUAAUUUAAGUAAUAUCAAUAGUUUUCAAAAUUCAAUAAAUAAUAUGAAUGCUUUAAAAAGAAUAGAAAAUGUAAAUAAUGUGAAUAUAAAUAAAAAUUUAAAUAAUAGAAAUAAAAUAAAUGAAAAUAUAAACAAAACAAAUAAUUUUAAUACAAUAGAUAACUUACAUAAUUUUAAUAACAUGGAACAACCAAAUAAUAUACAACAUAUUAGUUGUAUUCCUAACCCACCAUAUGUAAAUAAUUUAAAAAAUUUUAAUGAUUUUAGUAAAAUAAUAAUAAAUGAGAAUAUGAGCAAUAAUAAUGAUAACAAUAACAUUAGUAGCAACAAAAGUUGCACUAAUUCUAAUUCAUUUAAUUUAUCUAAUACAGAUAAUAACAAUAUAGCAAAUAAUCAAACUUCAUUUAAACAUUUAAGAAACGCAAAUAAUUAUACCAAUUUAAAUAAUGUAAAUGAUUAUAACAGUAUUACAAAUAUAAAUAAUGUUAGCAGCUUAAAUAACAUGAAUAGUAUUAAUAAUAUAAACACAAUUAGUGAUAUAAAUGACAUGAAUAAAAUAAUAAAUUUAAACUCCUUAAAAAAAAUGAAUGAUAUGCAAGUUAUUAAUAUCAGUAAUAAAGAAAAUGCGAUGCUUUCGAACAGUUUUAAUUCUUUAAAUUCAAAUAAUAAACAUAUGAAUUAUUAUAUAAAUGACUACUUAGCUAAUAAUAAAAUUAUUAAUCAAAAUUAUAAUUUUUGUGCUCCUUUAGAUAAUAAAAAUAUAAAUAAUAAUUAUAUAAAUAAUCAUAUAAAUGAUAAUAUGCCAAAUAUAUUGAUGGAUAAUAUGAAUUAUAAUUCAAAUAAUUAUAUAAAUUAUAAGAAUAAAAAUACAAUUCAAGAUGAUAAUUCUUUAUUAAAAGAAGUAGAUUAUAAUAAUAUGUAUAAUUCAUAUAACUAUAUGGAGGAUAGAAAUAGUGAUUAUAAAAAAAAUAUAUUAAAAAAUAUGAAUGGAAAUAUUUUAAAUAAUUAUAAUGAAGAAUCGUUAUUAAAUUGUAACAUAUAUAAUGAUAAAAAUUAUUUAGAUCCAAGUGUAACUUCAAGAGAAUGCGAUUCUAUUUAUAGUAAAAAUAGAAAAAAUUUAAAAACUAAUAUUAAUAUGAUUAGAAAUAACCCUUAUAUGCGUAGUGAUAUUUUAGAUUAUAACAACAAUUUAAAUAGUGAAAAAAUAUUAAGUGAACAAGGAACUAAUAAUAAUAUAAUUAAUAAUGAAAUAAUAAGUUCAUCUAUUAAAAAUGAAGAAACAAAUAAUAAUAAAUAUUUUGCAAAUAAUAAUUAUAUGAAUACAAUAAAUGAUGUUAAUAAAAUUAAUUAUGAUAAUAUGAAUAAUGUUUAUAAUGGUUAUAUGAAUGUAAUGAAUAAAAUGAGUGGGAAUGUAAACAUUUCUAAUUUAAAUGUAAAUUGUAAAAAAAAAGAUAACACUCAUAUAAAUAAUAUGAUAAUAAGUAAAAAAACAAAAUCAAAUUUUUUGAAAAAUUCAAAUAUUAAUCAUUCUAAUUUAAUUACUAAUGAUAAUAACAAUAACUCAUAUUUUUUUGAUUCUAAUACAAAUGCAUUUAUUAUGAAUAAUAAUAAAGAAGGGAAUCCUAUUCAUCCUAAUAAAAUGAUUAAUUUAGAUAUAUAUAAUUAUGAAAAAAAUAGUGAAAAUUUAAAAUUUAAUUAUGAUAAUAAUCUAUUAAAAAAUAAAUGUGAUAAUUCUAAUAACAUAAUCUUGAAUAAAGAUAUAAUUGAAAUGAUUUUACGAAACAAUAAAUACUCAUUGGAUAGAAGCAGUAGUGAAACUAUAAACAGUUCAUACACUAAUUUUUUAAUGAAUGUCAGUUCUUCAUACUUAAAAAAGAAAUCAUCUGAAGAUAAGAAAACUGCUGAUAAUAUGUAUAUUAAUAAAAAUGAAAUAAACAUAAAUAAUGAAAAAGAAAAUGUAAAUAAUGAAAAAGAAAAUGUAAAUAAUGAAAAAGAAAAUGUAAAUAAUAAAAAUGAAAUAAACAUAAAUAAUGAAAAUGAAACAAAUAUAAAUAAUAAAAAUGAAACAAAUAUAAAUAAUAAAAAUGAAACAAAUAUAAAUAAUAAAAAUGAAAUAAAUAUAAAUAAUAAUAAUGAAAUUAAUAUAAAUAAUAAUAAUGAAAUAAAUACGAAUCAAACAAACAUGAUAAAAGUAGAAAAUGAAAUUAAUUAUGAAACAUUUUAUAAUGAGAGUAAAGAGAAAAUAUAUAUAAAAAAUGAAAAUCCAAGUAGAAAAAAAAAAAAAGUAAAUAACAUUUACGAAUGCAAAACAUUUAGCAAGAAGGUAAAUAAUGAUUUUAAAGAAGUUAAAAGAAAAGGAAGAAAAAGAAAAAAUAACUUGGAGUCAUAUAAUGAUUUAAGUAAUAAAAAUCAAUCACAAAAAUAUUUAAAUGUAUCAGAAGAAUUAAGUAAAAUAAAACCAGAAUUAGAAGAUUCAAAAAAUGAAAUGACAGAAAAUUAUAAGGAACUUAAAAAAGAGAAACAUUAUGAUAAUUCUGAUUCAAAUGGUAUAAAAAACGUAUUGAAUUUUUUUAAAAAUAAAUUGAAUAAUUUUAAUGCUAAAAAUUCUGUUAAUUGUCAUGGUGAAAUAAGUGUUUUAAUUAACAAUUUUUUUUAUUUAUUAAAAAUAAUUAAUAAUCACAAAAAAAUACUAAAAAGUAUUUAUAAUUUUAAUUUUACUACUAUAAAUGAAGAUGCUGUAAGGAAUUAUUUAGAAAAAUGUUUUCCUUUUGUAAAGUGUUAUAGGAAUAAUUAUAAGUUUUAUAAAUUUGAAACAUAUAAAAUGGAUGAAGAUUAUAAAAAAAAUAAUAACAAUUAUUUAGAUAAUGAUAAAGAUUUACCUUCUAAUGGAAAGUUAAGAAAGGAUAAUAAUGAACAUAUCACAAAUCUUUUAAUUAUUAAAAAUGUAGGUUAUGAAAUUGUUGACAAUAAUAAUAUUAAAAAUAUUGAAAGUGAUGAUAUUUGCAGGAAUGGAGAUCAAAAAAAUAAAGUUAAUUUUAAUGAAAUGAAAAAUGAUGUUUCUAAUAAUAAUAAUAAUAAUAAUAAUAAUAAUAAUAAUAAUAAUAAUAAUAAUAAUGAGAAUAAUCAUAAUUUUUCAGAUUAUCUAAAUAUGAAUAAUAAUAAUCAUACUGUAAACAAUGAAGAUAAAGGAGAAGAAAGAACGUUAAAUAAAUAUAAUAAAAACAUAAUUAAUAAAAAUACAAAAGAAAUUGAAGUAGAAAAUAAUAAUACGAACUUUUUAGUAACCAAUGAUAAUAAGGAUAAAAAAAAUGUAUACGUAAAUUCUUUAAAAAAAAAUGAAAAUGAUUCUACACAGAAAGAAUUAAAAAAGGAGUUGAACGAAGAAGAAAAAAUGAAUAAAAAAAAUGUAGAGGAAACAAAUAAUAUGGAAAAUAAUAACUUAGAAGAAAAAAAAGAAGUAAUUACAGAAAACAUAAGUGUGAAAAAAACUAAAAAGAAAAGUUUAAAAAAUAAUGAAGAAAACAAAAAAAAUAGAAAAAAAAAUAAAAAAAAUAAAAAAGAAGAAAAUACAAUUAAUAAUUUAAUAGUUCAUGAAUGGAUGACAACUGAAGAUGAAGACAAAAAAGAAGGCGAAGUAAAAAAAAGCGAUGAAGAAAUAAAAACAAAUGAUGAAGAAAUUAAACAAAAUGAAAAUAAAACUGAUGAUUUAAAUAAAAAUCCAACUGGAAAUUUUAAUAUAUUUACAAGCAUGGAAAAUAUAUUUAAUGAGGAUAAAAAGGAAAACAAAAAUUCAUGUGAAGAAUAUACUGAUGAAAAAAAUAAAAAUGAGAUAACUUAUUUAACAAAAAUUAGUGAUAUUGAAGAUACUUCUGAAUCAAGUGAAGAUAAUACUGGUUAUGAACAAAAAGAAGAAAAUUAUAAAAAAAAAGAAAAUCAAAAAAUUUAUAACAAUAUACAAGAUAAUUAUAAUAAUAAUAAUAAUAAUAAUAAAAAAUAUGAUCAAUAUAAUAGCAAAACCAACAAUAAAAAUAUGUUUAUGAAUAAAGGAAAUAUAAAAAACAAUGGGAAUGCAUUUAUAUAUCACAAAAAAAAUAUAUAUAAUAAUAAAACUAAUAACCAUUUUAAUUCAUCAUAUUAUUUUUGUAAUCAUAAAAACAAUUUAAAAAUGAAAAAGAAAAAUUUCAAAAAAAAUAAUCAUUAUUUCAAUUUUCAAAAUAAAAAUCAAGAAAAUUCCCCAUAUAUGAAAAAUGAUAAAAAAAUAAUGAAUAAUUUUUUUACUCCAAAUAAAUAUAAAGAUUUUAAAAAAAAUACAAAUAACAAUUAUAAUAUCCAUAAUAAUAAUAAUAGUAGUAUUAGUAAUAAUAAUAAUAAUAAUAAUAAUGACAAUAGUAAUAGAAAUGAUGAUAAUAAUAAUAAUAAUGAAGACAAAGAAAAAAUGAAAAAAAAAGAUAAUUUAGAAAAUACAUUUCAGGAUAAUCAUUUAAAUAAUAAAAAUAUUUCAUAUGGAUCUUUAUCAAAUAUAUCAUCAUUGUCAGAUGUUAGUGAUAUAGAAGAUUUCAAAAAAAACGAAAAAACUUAUUUACAAAAAAAACAUUUAAGUUAUACUGAGAGUAAAAGUUGGUUUGACAAAAAUAAAAAAACAAAUUAA